GUUCGAUGUGUACUACCGACAUGUUCGACCAGCUUUUCUUAAAAACUCUGACGACAUGCAAGAAGAUGAGAGAUUCUUCAUUUCCACAACCGGGAAACCCAUCUACAACCCAUCCAAUGACCUACAAAGGUUUCAUGCCAAAUACAACUUGCCCAACAUCACGAGCCAGGUAGCAAGAAAAGUUUUUGAGACAAAUACCAAAGCCAGCUUCACAGACCAAGAGAUGUCCCUUGUUGCUGACUACUUGGCCCAUACAACAGCUACAACUAAAAAGCAUUACUGCUUGAAGACAACAGUCAAUGCCUGCAUGGAAAUGAAGCUGAUCUCCAAAGUUGCCAUGUCCAUUGAAUCUGAUAGUGAGACUGCAGGCCCCUCCUGUGCAAGCACAAGGAGAAAAGGAGCAUUGUCCAGCAGCAAAAAGUUGGAUGAGGCACAGACCUUGAAACUCUUCUAUGAACACUUCCCUGUCACAAUUGAUGGACAAUCAAUCAAGACGAAGGACAGACGACUGAUUGCAGGAACGUAUGAGAGAUACUGCUAUGACAAGUGGAGAAGCCAGCAAGAGAAAAUGAGACGUGAUUAUGUGAUCGCGCACUUCCCCAGAAGACAGCCCACUGCAAGUCAAGUAGAGAGAUACAUUGAAAGGCAGAACUGGGAGAAGAACAAAGUGAAAGUGGAGAAUGUCCUUUGUUACUGGCAACCUUCAAUUAACACUGACACACCAAAAGACAACAAGGCAAUUAAGAAGCUGGUGAAGUCACAGAAGUGGAAAGGACUGUACAUUGCCACUGACCCUGAUAAAGGAAAAAAGGUCAUGACGACACGUCCAUUUGCUAAAGGGGAAGUUGUCUGUGACUACCACGGUCUCCCACUCUCAGGGAAGCAGGGGAAAGAAUUGUUGGAAGCAACAGAUAAUGACGAGAUGGGGUUCCUUUACUUCUACAAGGAAUCGUCAGGGAAAACGUACUGUAUAGAUGCAAAGACUGUGCCCUGCCCUUGCCACCCAGAGAUGGACACAAUUGGACGUAGGAUAAAUCAUUCCAGAAAGAGAAGCAACAUAAAGGGUCAGCUUCAGCAAUUAGAAGAGGAUGGCAACGUGUGGAACAUCAUCCUUUUCAUUGCCCUACGAGACAUUCAGGUGCAACAAGAACUGUUAUUUGACUAUGGGGUGUCAAGAAAAUCUUUUGUUGGAGAAUAAGGUGAAUGCACCAAUUUGUAAGUCGCUCUGGAUAAG